UGGUGUGCUCCAGGUCAUCCCAGCCCAGAGGACUUUGUGUGGGACGACUACCUGCAGGAAACUGGUUCCACGGCUGCUCCCAGUUCAGCGUUCACACUGAGAGCUCCGCACGGUUUCCAGGUGAACCACAGGCUGGAGGCGGUGGACAGGAGGAACCCCAUGCUGAUCCGUGUCGCCACGGUGACGGACACCGAGGACUACAGGGUGAAGGUCCACUACGACGGCUGGUCCACUCAGCUGGACGUCUGGAUGGACAGCGACCACCCAGACCUCCACCCGGUGGGAUGGAGCCAGCGCACCGGGCACCCGCUGGAGCCCCCCCCAGGGUCGUCCCCCUUGCCGUCCCCGUCUCAGGGAGUGUGUCCCACUACCGGCUGCAGAGGCGUUGGACACAUCAAAGGAGCCAAAUAUACAGGACACCACAGUGCCUUCGGCUGUCCGUACUCAGACAUCAACAUGAGGAAGGAGGUGGUGCUGCCUGACCGGCUGGGUGGGGAGAGGUCCGUCACAUUGGUGCCCGUUUCCCUGUCUCACCUUCACAGCAGAGGCGUCCAGGUGAAGCAGGAGUCCACUGAUGUCCCUCUGCUGCCUCUGGGGAAGAGGAAAAGGCUACCUGACAGACUGUCCCAACCAACCAAAUGCCUGCGUGUGAAACAGGAAGAGGAGGAGCUUCCCCUCAGAACCAUCAGUCCAGAGUCCAGUCUGCAGGCCGUCCUCCAUCAGUCUGUCUUCCUGUCGGCCAUGUCAGCCCAACCAGGUCGCGACCUCUCUCUCUGCUGGGAGCAGCACAGGAAGCUGUUGCCGGGUGUGGCCCGUUUCCACGCCGACGCUGUCCGUUGCUGGACCGUCCAGCAGGUGUCGGACUUUGUGGAAUCUCUUCCUGGAUGUGAGGAUCAGGCCCAGCAGUUCAGAGACGAGCAAAUAGAUGGGCGGGCCUUCCUGCUGCUCACCCAACGGGACAUUGUCAGGAUCAUGUCCAUCAAGCUCGGCCCCGCCCUCAAGAUCUACAACUCCAUCCUGAUGUUUAAACACGCCGAGGACAAGAGCCAAUCACAGGCUGAGGAGAAUAACCAAUCACAGGCUGAGGAGAAUAACCAAUCACAGGCUGAGGAGAAUAACCAAUCACAGGCUGAGGACGGGAGCCAAUCACAGGCCGAGGACAAGAGCCAAUCACAGGCCGAGGACAGGAGCCAAUCAGAUGUCGAGGAUCCCAGCACCUGACCGCUGCAUGUUGUGACUGACCAGGUUCAGUUCCCUUACUUUGGCCCCUCCCCCUCAGCCAGGUAUUAACCAAUCAGGUUCAGGUGCUGCUGUCACUUUAUCUCCUUUAGGCUCCGCCUCUUCGGGAUGGGUGGGCUUAGCUGGAUGAGUACAGAAAGGGAUUCUGGGAUAUGUUGUCUGUGACUGAGGUACAGCUGGAAGGAGGCGGGACCAGAAGUGGCUUCGUUUCCAUGGUGACACGGAGACAGCUGGAAACAUGCAGUUGAUGAAGAUGACGAUGAUGAAGAUGAGGUCUCAUCAGCAUCCUGUGUGAUGUCAUCAUUUCCUGUCAGCAGGACUCUAACAGGAAGCAGGUGAUGAUGUCACACUAGCGCCCCGCCUCCUCUCCUGAUGAUGUCAUCCCCCGGUGGGCGGAGCUCCAGACUUUCUAAUGUUCCUCCAUAGAGUUCUAUUUUAAGCUUUCUAUUCUAGAUUUGUAUUCUAAAGCUGACUCCGCCCCUCUGUGAUGUCACAGUAGGGGCGGGGCCAACAGCCAGCUUCUGCAGGUUUCCUCAGGUUCCCAUGGCAACACUUCCUGCCUGCUGUCUGUGUCAGUGUUUGACGGAUCAAUAAAGUUUCUGACCUGAA